AUGCUAGUUCUUCGUGAAGAGCUGCCUACGCUGGACAAAUCGUUAUACCAGAAAGCAUUGAGACAGAUCCGAAAAAAGACUGAGAAACUGCGAUACUUGCCGACGCCGGCUAAUCCUGAAGAACUAUGCCAAUUCUUAGGUUUUGUUGGUUACUAUAGGGAGUUUGUAAAGGAUUUUUCCAAGAUUGCGAGACCUUUAACUGACCUGUUCCCACUGACCAAAGUCAAGAAGAACAAAGGAAAAACAAAGACGGAGAUAGUGUUAAGUGGAUUAGGACAUCGGAGCAUUCUACAGCAUUCAACGACCUGA